UCCUCAUCUCUCUGUAUCUAUAUCCACAUAUUUAUAUAUACAUGUGUGUAUAUAUAUAUGUGUGUGUAUCUAUAGAGUGAGAAAGCAGUAAAAAAACCCUGAAAUCAGAAUAAAGAAACCUAAAAUACCCAAAUGGAUCUUGGCAAUACUACAAGAAGCAAUGUCAUCUUCCACUAUAUAUUCUGUCAUCACUUUUCUUCCUUUUCAUCUGCAUCAUCAGCACCUUUGUUGUCUUCCUCUUCCUCUUCCACUUCCUUAUCACUGGGAGCUUUUUUUUGUAAUUUGAUGGCCUCAUCAUCAUCAUCUAACCCUUCAUCCUUUUCUUCUUGUAACUCCAUUGAUGCUCAUUUUUCUGCUAAAGAUUACAUCUGAAUCCAUAAAUUUCUUAUAUUUUCUUGUUUUUCUUUGACUUGCUUCUUGUAAAGUUCAACCCUUCUCAACUUUUCUUGAAGAAAGAAUGUUGCUUGUAUCACUGUUUGGAUUCUGUCAUCAACACCAGAUGACUAGUUCUUCAAUGUGUGGGCCUACCCUCAGGUGUGGUGAUGACAAACCUAAAAAGAUGGCCAAUUUCGCUACUCCGGCCGCCCUGCUGCUGCAAAACAAGCGGAAGUCGAGCUGUUCGGCAACCAUUGCAACCUUGAAAACCCAUCAUUUUUCGCCUCCCAAAUCCUACCAUGAGGUUCUUGUUGCUGCAAGGGAAAAGUUUACGCAAGAAAUAUCUUUUCGGUCCAAGGACAAAGAUAUCUCCCUUGCUAAGACUUUGCUGUACAUUUCUGCCGAAGAUGAGGCAUUUAUGGCUUUUAACCGCGAGAUGGAUGCCCAUUCUCUAAAAAAUGAGCGGAAAGAUACCAAUGUGUCAUCUGAUGCCCCAGAUUGGGAGCACAUCGAAGCUAUUCUUAUGGCAGGAAAGAAGAUAGCCGAAUGGUUAUUAGAAUUGGAUUCUAUAGCGAAAGAAGUUGAAGUUGAACUCAUUUCAAGAGACAUCGGGUGCCAUUUGGUGGAAGUUUUGGAGGCUGUGAACAAAGUUCUCUUCGAAUCUAAAGGCUUCAGAAGAUCACCUGUUGUAGAUUCGAAAUGUUCCUACUUGCAUUCCGUUUUAAGCUCCAAAUGUGGCAGUGCGAUUUUGCUUAGCAUAAUUUACAUUGAAGUUUGUCGAAGACUUAAUCUGACUAUUGUUGGAUCCCGGGUGGGAGAAGACUUUCUAAUUUGGCCUGAAACCGGGAACCCAGAGGAGCUUUUUAAGGUGAAUUCAGGGCACAGCAUAUUUGGGAUUGUUAACGGACGGUGUGUUGAGGACCCGAGAUCAAUGGCAUCCGAUUUAACCUGUAAUUCACUUAUUGGUCUUGACAUUGCUACAAACCGCGAUAUUAUUGGGAUUUAUCUGGCUAAUUUGAUUCGGCUUCAUUGGAAACGUGCGUCAAGGACGAACCAUGGAUUGAUGUUAACUUCUCCGCUCAGGCCCAUUCACGAUGAUAAUGAGAAAUGGAGCAAAACAGAUAGUUCAAGCAUGCCACUGUUGCGCCCUCAAGAUCUUAGGCUAGCUAUCAUGGCGUCGGAGAAACUGUUGAUACUGCAGCCACAUAACUGGGCUUUGAGGAGAGAUCAUGGCAUGAUGUUGUACUAUAGUAGGGAUUAUGCGCAGGCGGUUCAAGAGCUAAGCAUUUGCAUGGCGUUUGCACCCGAAGAAGAGGCCGAAGUCCUGGAACCGUUCGUCGAAAAGUUGCAUUUGUUACGACUCGAGUCCUCGUGGAAGUCUCGAGGACAUAAAGGACGCUUGACGGUUUUGUAAAGACGUGUUUAUUUGUUUGUACAAAAUCCCUCUGUUUUGUUCGACCUGUUUGACUCGUAACUUACAAAAUAACACUUCUUUUCGACU